AUGUAUCUUUGAAGUGUCGCCUAGUGACAAAGUGUUUCCUUCAGAGUGGACCAGACAAAAAUGUUCGAAACUCGAAGUGGCCCCGGGUCACCAGUGUACAGACAAUUGUCGCCAGCCAAUUCUUCCUCCGAGUAUGACCAAUACACUCCAACAAAAUUAAUGGAUUUAACCAAUUCGAGUGACAAAUACCUCCCAGCGACUUUGCCGUGCCCAGACAAUCAAAGUGCCUUCAAUGUUUAUCCAUAUCAUCAACAAAAAGACGUUCCUAAUGUGUACUUAAACGACACAAGAUUUUACGAGGACUAUGACAAACAUUACAGCGAUGACAGAAGAUUACCAUCACCUCACUACCAGGAUAGUAGACAUCAGUCCUUCGAGUACAAUGAGACCUUUAUUAAAGUGGAACCAGUCGAGGAGCCUGUGCUGAAGACAAGAACCAUAGGGAGAAAACGAAAGAGUUUGGAUUCCGACGACGAGAAUUCUUUUAAUACGAAGUCGAAAUCAAGGAGGAAAUCGCCGCAGAGUUUCGAGGAUAUCCAGACACAAAGGAUAAUGGCCAACGUGCGCGAAAGACAAAGAACGCAAAGCUUAAACGAGGCCUUCGCUAGUUUGAGGAAGAGCAUCCCGACUUUGCCGUCGGACAAGUUGUCAAAAAUACAAACUUUGAAGCUGGCAGCGAGGUAUAUAGACUUUUUGUACCACGUUCUGUCUACUUCAACUCCUGAAAAUCCCGGUGAAAGUGAUGUGUUAGGUAAUGUUUGUUCUUACACGGCCCAUGAGAAACUGUCGCGCGCUUUCAGCAUGUGGAGGAUGGAAGGUGAUUGGAACACACAGUGAAAAUAAAAGAUAGUGAUAAGGACUUGUAUAGAGCCAACGUUUCAAGAACUGGACUGUUGGUAAUGUUAUUAGAUUAUAAUCACAGUAGGGUACAAAGAGUUUAUUUAUUUUUUUUUGCAAUAAGUGUCUCAUCAAAGAUUAGUAUUAUAUUGUACUAUAGUAUUUGCUAUUUUGUUAAAAGUACACGGAAAUGUUUGGGGUCUUGAGCUGAUUUCUGAUUUUUGUGAUUUGCAUUUACCUACAAUGUUUGUACGAUUCGUUAGAAUUUAGCUGUACUUACUUAGUUCUUGGUAGGGGGUAUGUUUUUUGCCCACCAGUUGUGAUCUAUAUCCAUAAACUUCAACUUUAAGACAUUUUGUGAGCAGCAUAAAAAACGUAAAUAUGAUAUGAUGGGAACGACUACUUGCAGCUGUCGACGUAUUUUUUUAAUUUGAAGAUUGACGCUGUACUGGACUUUUUGUAUUUUAGGUAUGGGAGCAUCUCCCUUUACGACAACUGUUAAUGACGAUAUUCCAACUAGAUAUACCAAAUGUUAGUAAUUAAGUGUAAAUAUUACACAAAACUUUUUUAUACAAUUCCUAUUUCGUUUUAUAAAUAUUCGCCUUCUUUUGCUUCUAUGACUCAUUUAAUGAUACAUAAUUUUAUUAAGCUGUUAACUUCAAAAAGUAUAGGCCAAUUAUUAAAAAUUAAUUACCAAUUUCAGCCAAUUUCGAAAAUUUCCAACUUUUAAAGAUUUUGGAAAUG